UGGGGCGGGAAGGUGGUGCGGAGUUUGUGCUGGUAACUAUGACCCCAGUCAGUUUCUUUGUUUUUAUUUUCUCCUUCUAACCUUCCAUUUACUGCGGGCACUCAGAAGAGGAGGAAUUACUGUUUAGCCAAACAGGGACCCUGUUACAGUUUUAUCCCAGCAUUGGUUUUCCCUUGCUGACGUUGUCCCAAGGAAGUUUAAAGACAACUUUUUUCUUUUUCUUUUAAUAAUUAAAAUGAAUUUGACCUUAUCAUUAAAAGUACACUGAAAGCACCUGCUUUGGAAUUGCUAGUUUGCCAGACUUGAAAAGCCCUUUAAUAAUUGAUGUUGCAGAACUGAACACAUUUAGUUGCCCAGCCUUAAGUCUGGGAGUUUCUGAUGAAGUUCCGGAGCAAGGGCUAAUGGCAUUUUAUGUGAUGAUUUUGGGAGAGGGGAUCUUUUUUGGCCUAGGUGUGUGCGACUCAAGUAUUCAAAUGCAUUAUCUUAGCAUGACCUUGAGGAAGCAAACGUUAAGGGGGUUGGGCCUUUCAGAGAUAUUAUAAGGGGCUGGUGAGGAAGCUGCUCCGGAAGAUGACACUGGUAAUGGCUAGCUAGCUUGACCCUUCUAGUUUCUCCCUAGUUCCUGUGAACUGGGGUUGACCUUCUGGUUACAACCCCUCCUUGGUGGUUUCUUUUUUUGGGGGGCGGGAGUAUGUGGCCUCAGGCAUAGCUCAAAAAAUUAUACUGGUUUGACACAUGGAUGCUUCUUUGGUAUUUGGGGUUUGCCUGCAGUCUAGACAUUCGAUAAGCAGCACCAUAUCUGUUGCUUCUUUGCUUCUUUCGUGAUUUCUACUGUUCUAAUCCGUUUAAGGGUUAGUUUAGAAAUGGUUAUGACUGGAAAAUAAUGUCCUUAAAUGUUUUGCACAUACACACCAAAAAUUCCAUAAAAAUUGAAAACCAGUUUUUCUUUUCAUUGUUUAAAGAACACAUUCCUCCUAAGUUUUGGAUGACCAAAUUACAAAUACUGAAAGGCAACCAGUAUCAGUACAUUUCUGAAGUGAAUAGGAAGAGCCAGGUCAUGAAAAUGAAAAACCUUGAACAUAGUAAAUUUUGGUUUUCCUUCAGGCUAUUAUUUUUCAUGUAUUUAAAAUGCCUGAGAGGUGUUUUGCACAUAGAUUGAGAUUGUUUUUCUUAGUUCUUCAUAUCUCAGUUACUGGUAGAAUUUCUGUAUCCUGGGAAAUUUUAAAUACCAUAGAACUUAAUGCUUUCAUUCUAAUAAUCAGAUGGUGUAUAUAACAAAAGAUUUGGUUUAUCAAGGGGAAUUAGGGUGGGAAAGACAGACAGGGACUCCACUAUCUUCUGUUGGUAUUUUGUGGGAGAUUGGAGAUGAAAAGUCAAUGGGUAGAAUAUUCUAGAAUCUUGAUGGACAACAGGCUCUAAGGCUGCUGUUUCACAGUAUUCUUUUUUAUUUCUAUGUAUCUGAAAUCUGUAUGGUCAAGUUCUUUUGUCCCCUCCAUUCCCUGUGCCCCACUGUAUUAAUUAGGUCUUGGGAAAAUAUUUGACCCUGAGCUCAGACUCAGGAACAUUUCUGUCAGCAACAUAAUUUGAGUGUGAUUUUUCUCCUUGUAAAAUAAACUGAAGCUUAUUUGAAACCCAAACCAACUUUAUAAGGCUGUUAUGAGGACAGUUAAUUACUUUACCAUUGCAGGCACAUAGGUUGCUUUAGAGAUAUGUCAUUUUCUAUUAACUUCAGAGAUGGUAGGAAUAUAAUUGAGAAGAAGGGGAACAUGUUUUUUACAGCGCACUUGGGUUAGUGGUUCAGAAGUUUCUGGAUCUGAGAUCGGACAGCCUAGUUUCCAAAGCUGUGAUCAUCCAUCAUCCAUCUCAGAGUUACUUUGUGGUCCAGUUUUCUCAUCUGUGAAAUGGCAGUCGAAUCUAUCUCAUGGAGUUGUAAAUUAUUAAGCAAGUGAUAUGGUUAAUAAAUACUGGCUGCUCUUAUCCUCACAACAUUGGUAAGCAGACAUUUUACAUAAGAUAAAACUGAGACCUUUGUCAAUUACCUUGCCCAGAGAAACAUUCAGUAAAUGUUGAAUGGAAAGAGUGAAUGUUUGGCCCCUUCCCCCACUUUCAGAAACCGGUUCUGGGAAGACACUGCCUUCAACUCCUGGUUGCCUUUCCAAUUCUGAUUGAACCAUUUUACAUCAGAAAGCCCUCUCUAGACCUAGAAAAGGCCACUUUUCUUUCUUGCUGAUUUCCCUUGUCCACAGGAAUGUCUUGUAUUUUUGACAUUUAGUUUUGAUUCUGUGGGGAUUUUUAUUGUCUUGGUUCUCCAGUGUUUCUUUUAAUUGUAUAUGUAACUAAAAUUUUUUGUACUAUGGAAAUAAUCUGGAAAUCUAGUCCAAAAGACAGGUUCUUGUUUUCAAUGUAAGGAGGUUUUCUUCUUGCAUCAGUGAUAUUAAAGUUCUAGGUAUAUUUGCUAUUAUAUAUUCAAGUAUGAAAGUUGCAACUAGGCUAAAUUAAUUCACUUCUAAUGUUGUAUUUAGUUGUUUCCACCUAUUGGUUAUUGUAAUUUGGUUAAUGGUAGUCUAUGCUGAAUUGCAGUAGUUCUCAUUUUCCCCCACAUUAGUCUGCUAAUCUCCCCACACUCCCAUUAGAAAUAAGCAUGAAAUCUUUUUCCUACCAGUUUUGAAAAUUGUUUACCAUUCAUUCUUCUCUUCAGUAAUUCAUUCAAUUUACAUUUCCAGGAAAUCUAUUUUAUUUUUUAGUUUUCGGCAGACACAUCUUUUGUGUGUAUGUGGUGCUGAGGAUCCAACCCGGGCCACACACAUGCCAGGCGAGCGCGCUACCACUUGAGCCACAUCCCCAGCCCCUCCUGGGAAUCUUUAAACCUCACAAUUUAUAGACCAAAGGUUAAAGAAAAGGAACUCAGAGUAGGUAAUACAAAUAAACAAGUAAGUGAUAUAUUGUUUGGGCAGGUGUUCUAAAGUGGGUAUGGAAUAGUUUUGUAAAAAUUAUUAAAGAAUUAUUUUUUAAAUUUGGUACCAGGGAUUGAACUCAGGGGCACUUGACCACUGAGCCACAUCCCCAGCCCUAUUGUAUUUUAUUUGGAGACGGGGUCUCACCAUUGCUUGAAGCUGGCAAUCCUCCUGUCUCAGCCCCUGGAGCUGCUGGGAUUACAGGCAUACACCUGGGUAGAAUUCUUAAAAUAAUUUCCCAGGUUUAGGGAAUGGGAAGGAUACCAUCUCAUACUGAGUAACAGAAUGGCUAGUUGUUAAAAUUGGUCUGAUACUCACAGAAUAUAAGAGUUCCAACCUGGGAGCAGCUAGUAGGCAGGACUAGAUCCUGAAGAGCUUUGAAAUCUUUGCCAAGGAGGUUAGAUAUUAUCCUAAAGUCAGGGUUGAUACUGUGGAAGGGAAGAUUUAAAUUUGAGUUUUAGGAAGAUAGUACCUGUUGGAAGGAUGUAGAGAAUUCAGUUAUGAGGUCCUAACAGGAGACCAAGCACCAAGAUGAAGGACAAACAGGCAGUAGGGAUGGAGAGGAGGAUAUGAGAAGGGAAGAAGCAGAUCUCUAAAGGAUCUCAUAGAUCUCUUGAUGGGGGAUCCUGGAGAGAAUGAGAAGGAAGAGACUGGUUGACUUCAGAUUUGUGUGUGUGUAACUGUGGGUAAUAACCAAGACAGGUAAACACAGGAAGAAAAGAUUUAGAAGGGUAAGUUAUGUAACCAAUUUAAAAGGGCAUAUAAGGAUUAAAAUUGACCAAUUGGCUCUAUUGAGCUACAGCAAAAAUAAGAGGUUGAAGCAGGACAUGAAUAUUGGGAAAUUACCAUUAAGGGUGUUGGUAACUUCCAGAGAGUGGAUGCCCCAAACAGAAAGCAGAAUGAUAUCUGAAAUGUUAGAGAACAGAAAAGGGAAAGAUUCAUGUAUCAAAAGAACUGUCAGAACUGAGUGUAAAGUACCACUUCUUGUUGUUACUUUAAAGAUAUUCAAGAGUUAGAAUUUAUCACUAUUUUAUAGAUGAGGAAGCAAAAGGGUCAGAAAGGUUAGGGAAAUUUACCGAGGUUUGGGUUAGAUCAGGUCUGUGUUUACCAUAACCCCUUUCUUUUUUCUUUUUUCUUGUCCUGGGGAUUGAACUCAGGGCCUACUGAGCUAACCCCUGGCCCUUCAUUUUUUAUUUUGAGAUGGGGUCUUUCUGUGUUACCCAGGCUGGCCUCAAAUUUGAGAUUCUUCUGCCUCAGGCUAUUGAGUAGCUGGGAUUACAGGUACAUACCACUAUGGAUGGCCCACAUCCCUUUUCUUAACAUUUUUAUCAAGCCUGAAAAUGAAAAACAUCUUCAUAAGAAAGGACUAUGGGCCUAUUAUAACUGUAAAGUCUCCUUAAAAAGAUCAAGUUCCUCUUUUCCUGCAGGCCUAGACUUAAAACCUUAAAAUAGGGAGAACUUUCAUUUAAUUUGUUGGAUAUAUCCUGGUAAAGACAGAAUUUACAUUUCUGUAAUGUGCAAGUCUUAAAUUCAAGGGAAAAAACCGUGAGCACAAGCACUUGUAUUUUCUUAUACUUGUUUCACAGCAGCAUCCUUGGAAAGUAGAAGUGAGAUUUUUUUAUCCUAAUAUACAAAGAGGCAAAUAAAAUUAAAAGUUACUUCCUAUUAAGUUGUAAAGACAGAACCCAAAUAGAUAUCAAGUUGACCCAUAGUACUUUUUUCAUUGCUCACUAUAGUUAACAUUUUGUAACUGAUAAUCAUCCCUUAAAAGCAAAUAAAGACUCUCCAACCCCUUCAACUUCCUUAUCCUCUGGAAUCACUCUUAAUGUAGAAUUGGGAUAACUAGUAUUUUUUUAUACUAUCUAAAGUCUGGAUUUGUGAUUUUUAUUUUCAAUCUGUGCUGCUUUAGCUGAAGGCUUGUUUUUAGUUUGGACCCCUUUUCUGUAGGAUAAGUUUUAGGCUCCUCAGCCAAUUAUGGAUCCUGUAGACAGCCACAGUUAUAAAUGUUUUUCCAUAUUUUAUAAGAGACAGGGUAUGUGUGUGUGUAAAAGCUGUUGGCAAGCAAGUGGGGGUCCAACACCCCUUUUUCAUUUCUUCCAGGCAGAUUUAAAUUUUAUCUCUUAAGUGAUUAAAUUCAGAACCUUUAAAGCUGGGACGUAAUGCUGGUAUCUGGAAGCAGGCUUUUGCCCAGAAGAAAAGAUGUUUGGUUUUCACAAGCCAAAGAUGUACCGAAGUAUAGAAGGUUGCUGUAUUUGCAGAGCUAAGUCCUCCAGUUCUCGAUUCACUGAUAGUAAACGUUAUGAAAAGGACUUCCAGAGCUGUUUUGGGUUGCAUGAGACUCGUUCAGGAGACAUCUGUAAUGCCUGUGUUCUUCUUGUGAAAAGAUGGAAGAAGUUACCAGCAGGUUCAAAAAAAAACUGGAAUCAUGUGGUAGACGCAAGAGCAGGACCUAGUCUAAAGACUACUUUGAAACCAAAGAAAGUAAAAACUCUAUCUGGAAACAGGAUAAAAAGCAACCAGAUCAGUAAACUGCAGAAGGAAUUUAAACGUCACAAUUCUGAUGCUCACAGUACCACCUCAAGUGCCUCCCCAGCUCAAUCUCCUUGUUAUAGUAACCAGUCAGAUGACGGCUCAGAUACAGAAAUGGCUUCUGGCUCUAAUAGAACACCAGUUUUUUCCUUUUUAGAUCUUACUUACUGGAAAAGACAGAAAAUUUGUUGUGGGAUUAUCUAUAAAGGCCGUUUUGGAGAAGUCCUCAUUGACACACAUCUAUUCAAGCCUUGCUGCAGCAAUAAGAAGACAGCUGCAGAGAAGCCAGAGGAGCAGGGGCCCGAACCUCUGCCCAUCUCCACUCAGGAGUGGUGACUGAGGUUUAUGUAGAAGGGGAACAAAUGAUUUAAAUUUUGAAAAGACCACAAAGCAACAAACUGACCUUACUAUUUUUGACUUGGAUACCUGCUAUUCUGCCAAAACACAAUUUUCUAGAAUAGUUUUGAAUGGGUUAUUUUUUCCUCCAGUCCCAUAAACUUUGAAGCCAGUGUCUAGCUUACUAAAAGAAAAAAGAAGUGUACAUAAUAUUUAAGAUGCUGAGUAUUUCAUAGGAAAGCUGAAUGCUGCUGUAAAGUGCUCUUUAAGUCUUUUUUUUUUUUUUAAUAAUCCCCUUCUAAUGAAUUAAAUUAGGGGAAUUUCAGGGGACACAGAUGGGAUUUGUUGUAUGAUAAACCAUAUGUAGUUUUUAGUCUUUCUAUAUUGAGAAGCAGUGGUUGGGGCAUUUUUUAAAGAUGGCUGGCUACACUUGUUUUCCCUCAUGUUAGUAGACUUGUCAUAACUCAAUAACAUGUCUUGCCCCUAGAGGUAGUUGUUAAUAAUUUUGAUAUAAUUGAGUCUCUCCAACUUUCUGAUGAAUCAAACCUGUACUACUGAUGAUUAAGCAGGACAGACUGAGCUUUUUGGUGCAAAUACCUUGACGGAGGAAGUAAUUUCUAAUUAUAUAGAGAGAAGCUUGACUGUAUGUGUUGCAUCCUGUGUCACCUUCCUUCAUAUUAAUAUUUGUUAAAGAUUUUAAUUUAUGUGAAACUUUUCAAGCAGAAUGAAAUCUCCUCUUGGAGAAGAGGUGAGUAGGUGGGAUAGAUGAGAUCUUAUAUGAAUAGUACCAAAGCAUUACCACACCGUGGAAAACACACUCUUCAAAAUGUUAAACUAUGUGCAAGUCUUCAGGAUGGCACAAAACAAAGGUUAAUGCUUCUUGGGCACGUUGCUUGUCGGGCUUGCCCGAGUGUGUAAAUAAUUGACUUUAUUUGUGUUACAUGACUGGUGACUUCAUUGAAAUCUUCACAAUUCAGUUUUAGCUCUGGAUUACUUCAGUUGACCUUUGUGAAGGUUCUAUCUGCAUAGAGUAGGUGUUUGACUUGUUUUAACCUGUUGGGCUUUUGGUUUUUUUUUUUUUUUUUUUCACUAUUUAAAAGUAAAAUUUACUAAGAAGAAAGGUGGGUUCAUGCUAAGGGGGGGUUAGUGUUGGUUUGGCUUCUUUUAUAGUCAGUCUUUCUGAACAUUGAGAUAAUGCUGAAACUGGAGCUUUUAAUUCUAAAAUCCUUAUUAAAAGCCUCUUAUUGAACCCAAACCAAAGUAUUCUUAUUGCUUCUUUUCUAAAAAUUCAGGAAAAAAAUAGCACCAGUUCAAACUUUCCAUACAUGAGGGAGGAAUAUUUGUCUGCCUUGUAAUAACAUGACUCAGUGCUUAUUUUUAAAACUGGAUUAUAAAAAUUGGAUAGCAUCACAGUAAGGAGUGAGCCACUUUUUAUGGGUACCCUAUAGUUUUAUAGUUCUUAAAACUUAUUUUAUAUUUCUUCCUUUUGAGAAAAUACCUACAUGCUACAAGCCACCAUAUGCACAGACUACACAGUGAGUUGGGUCGGCUCUCCCAUAGCCUUUGAGGUGUAUUACAAGAGUCCAGCCAUUAUCAUUCUCCUGAGUUAUUUUGAAAUGUUUUUUUUUUGUACAUUUUGGCUGCAGUAUUGGUGGUAGAAUAUACUAUAAUAUGGAUCAUCUCUCUCUACUUCUGUAUUUAUUUAUUUAUUACUAGACCUCAACCACAGUCUUCUUUUUCCCCUUCCACCUUUCUUUGCCUGUAGGAUGUACUGUAUGUAGUCAUGCACUUUGUAUUAAUAUAUUAGAAAUCUACAGAUCUGUUUUGUACUUUUUAUACUGUUGGAUACUUAUAAUCAAAACUUUUACUAGGUUAUUGAAUAAAUUUAGUCUUAUUAGAAAAUAAAA